UCUAGUUUUCAAGCCAAAAAUGGCGAAGUGCGUGCUCUUUUUUGUUGUUCGGUUUUGAUUUUCUUGUCGAUUUAAAGACCGCACAAACUUAUAUAAAACCGAUCUAAAGCAAUUAAAAAAAGAAUUGCCAUUUGAAGUAUCGCUAAUGUGGAAUCAGUGGCCAGUCGCAGCGGUGCCAGCUGCGCCAAUAGCUGCAGCGCCGCCUCAACCCGCCAUACCGCCUCCACUGCCAGAUGCACCACCGCCGCCGCCACCAUCAGACUCCGCGACUCCUGCCCCCGCUGCCGCAACUGCUGCCGCACCAUACAUGCCCGCGAGCGGAGCUCAAGCUGCUACCAAUCCGUAUGAACAGUAUACGGCAGCGCAAUAUGCGGCAAUGACGCCGGAGCAGCAGUACGCGCUGCAGCAGCACUGGCAGCAGUGGCAGACCUACCAACAAGAGUACGCCAAGUGGCAUGCCCAGUAUGGAGAGCAGUACAAGCGGGAAAUGGCUGCUGCGGCAGCUGUCAGCACAGUGCCUACGCCUGCACCGGUUGCAGCGCCCAUUGGGCCAGUCGCUGCACCCGUGCCCUCGGCUGUGCCUGCAAUCGGGCCAGUUUAUCCGCCAACUCCCAUUGGUCCACAACUGCCCAUCCAGCAACCCAUGCAGCCAUACUUUGCACAGCCGCAAAUGCAGCCAGUGGCGCCACAAAUGCCACCGCCGCCCCAGUCGCAGACGCAGAUGCCUGGCAAGAUAAUGGCUCAGCCUCAGAUGUAUAAUCAACCGCCUCCGCCACCGCCGCAGACCUACCAGCAGCAGCAGCAGCAGCAGCAACAGCGUGCGCCGGACUUGGACGAGGCCAGCUUUGAUCGGCUGUUCGAUCAAUGGGAGAAGCAGUUCGAGGACUGGAAGCGUGCCAAUGCCAACCAUCCGGAUCGCGAUGAGUAUCGGCGCUAUGAGGAGGAGUUUGAGAAGCAGCGACGUCGGAUCGCCGAGCGCCGUGAGCAGAUGCGACGCCGACGUCAGGCGCAGAAUCCAAACCAACAAGGGCCACCACAAGGACCCCCAUUUCAUCGGGAACAACAGCAGGAGGAUGACCAUUACGAUGGGGAGCACUUCGAACGAACGCAGCAGACAAAUGUGAAACCAAAAUCGGGCCUGAAGCAGGAGAACGACAUGGAGCCGCAGCAAGAGUCGGCCAAUGGUACAAAUCCAGAUGAGUCGUCCCAUCACUACUCACCGCAAUCCGAAGCGGAUGGAAAAGCGAUGCCAGUGGGCUCACGCGCUAGCAAGGAGCCGCCAAAGUCGACGGCUACCCAAAAGACGCCGCAGGAUGUGGAUGCAGCGUCGACAGCAACAGCAACAACAACAACAACCACAACACAACCAAAUAAAGCUCAUCCACUGGGCAAGCGCAAGAAUAACGCUGGCGGCGGCAACACCUCGACGCCAGCCAAGCAGACCAAACAGGAGAAUAUUUUGAUCAUUUCACUGGACGACGAUGACGACGAGGCCGAGGCACAGAUCUCUUCGGGCAAGGGGGCAGACACAGCUGGCGAUACGCCCAUGAAGAACAUAUUCAAGAAGAACGAUGGCAUACCAGGACUGGAUUUUAUUGCCGACGGAACUGCUGCGCCGCCGCCGCCGCCCACUGAAUCAGGGAAUUCAAAGGGCGCGGAUAACAAUAAGAAGAUACCAUCGCUGUUCGAUGUGGUCAUCGAUAAGCCGCGCAUAUCGCCUACCGAGCGCACUGCCAGCGAUGCGGAGAAGAAGGAACAACCAGCGUCUGUCAGCGAACCUCUGCCGGAUAAUGUUAGCCAUGUGCUCAAGGAUCCCGAGUUUAUGAACAAUUUGUCGCAGGCCCUUGCCCAGGCGCAGGGGCGAGAGCGUGACCAGCAGCAGGAUCAGGAGCAGGGACAGCAGAAGUCAAGCGAGAGCAAUGAAAAUGCCAGCAACAACAACAAGCCCAACAGCAACAACAACAAUAAUGCCGACAGCGACGGACGCGCCCUGAGCUUUGCCGAGUGGCAGAGGAAGAAGAAUAAUCAGAGAGCUGGCUCGCAGGACGGACAGUCGCACAACAUGCUGGAUAAUGGCGGUCGUGAUAGUUUUGGACCCGGUUCAGGUCCAGGCUCGGGUCCAGGUCCAGGCCCAGGUCAGGGUCCGGGUCCGGAUCAAAGAGCACCCCAUGGAUUUGGACCUAAUAAUGGGCCGCCAUUUGGGCCUGCCGGUGCGCAGGUCAUGGGACCGAACUUCAUUGACUUUAAUGGGCCCAACGGUCCGCCCAAUGGACCCAACUUUGGAGGACCUAACUUUGGUGGCCGUCAGGGACCCGGACCUGGACCCGGACCCGGACCAGGACCAUUCGGUGGCUGCCCUGGACCCAAUGGGCCAUUUGGACGUAAUUUUGGUCCGGGUGGACCAAAUAAUCCCAAUUUCAAUGGACCUGGCCCUAAUUUCGGUCCCAAUUUCCGUGGCAAUGGGCCCGGCAAUGGUCCCGGCCCUGGUCCAUUCCGACCAAAUUUCUGUGGACCGAAUGGACCCGGUCCAAACUUUGGCGGUCCCGGACCAUUCGGCGGACCAAACUCACCCGCAAACUUCGAUCGAAACUUUGGCCCACCCGGGCCCAAUCAUCCGAACUUCAAUGGCCCCCACAACAACAAAAACAACUUCAACGAAAAUCCAUUCAGACGCAAUAGUGGAGGACCAGCGCCCAACUUUGAUGAUGGACCCGGCUUCGGUCCACGUGGCAAGUCACAUCAAAAGAACUUUGGACAUCAGCGCAACAACUUUGGCAGCGGAGGAAACAACAACGACAACAAGCCUUGGCCUGAUGGCGCGGAGCAAACCGAAGACGAGAUGCGAGCCGGCAGCAGCGAAUCCGUCUAUCGUCCGAUGCAAGUGUUUGACUAUCAGAACAGCAGCAACACCGCCGCCAAGGUCAUCGACUAUGGCCACAAGUCGGCCGAUGGGGUUGUCAAUCGGAUGGCUGCUGUUGACCCAGGACCGGGACCAGGACCAGGACCAGAAUCGGGACCAGGACCAGGCCAAGCUCUGCCAGACUUUAGGCCGGGUGUUACCUUUGACUAUGGACAUGCCUCGGUAGCUGGACCAGCUAGUGCUAGGCCCCUCAAUCGGAAUGCUAACCAGAAGUGUGGCAACAACAACACCAACAACAACAAUAAUAAUAACAACAACAGCAACAGCAGCAAGAGGAAAAACAAAAGGAAGAAUAAGAAUCGUCAGCGUGCAAUGCAACAGCAGCAGCAGCAACAGCAGCAGCAACAGCAGCAGCAGCAACAGCAGCAGCAGCAGCAGCAACAGCAACAACAACAACAGCAAGUUGCGGACUCGUUUAUGAUGCCCGACCCUGAGUUGAAUGGCCAGCAGCUGGCCGUUGGCAAGCUCGAUGACCUCGAGGACAUAUCCGAUGGCGAGGAUAAUCUAACGGAUUUAAUGCGCGCGGAAUCGCCACCACCGCCACCGCCGCCAAUGCUCAUCAGGCCGCCAAUUCAGGAGCAGGUGCCACCGAAAGCUUUUCCAGCCAAUCCACAGCGUCGCAUGCUGAGCGAACCACCCACCGCUCUGUUCCCAUCGACAGCAGCGGCCAAUCAACAUAUACCAGAGCCAACGGCAGAUGCCAGUUUGCUGGAAAUGAAUAUACCAGCGCAUGAGCAUCGCAAUACCAUAUCCAUUGAUGAGGUGCUGCUGCCGCCGGGUCGUCUGAUGCGUCCGAAACGCAUUUGCAUCAUAUUGCGUGGUCCGCCGGGCUGUGGCAAGUCGUAUGUGGCACGACUGAUCAAGGAGAAGGAGGUGGAAAUGGGCGGCGCCAGUCCUCGCAUACUCAGCAUCGAUGAUUACUUCAUAAUUGAAAAUGACUACGAGGAGAAGUGCCCCAAGUCUGGCAAAAAGAUACCGAAGAAGGAGAUACUCUACGAGUAUGAUGAGGCCAUGGAGGAGACCUAUUUGCAAUACCUGAUCAAAUCGUUCAAGAAGACACUUAGCGACAAUCUCUAUGACUUUGUUAUUGUUGAUUGCAACAAUAAUUCGUUGCGUUCACUUAACGAGUUCUAUUGCAACGCUAAAGACUCGAAUUUUGUGCCCUACAUUGUGGACAUGCACUGCGAUGUGGAGACGUGCCUGGGACGUAACAGCCAUCAGCGUAGCGAGCACGAUAUACGUGCUGUGCUGGACAAUUGGUGCACUACGCCGAUGCAGUACAUUAAGCUGGAUGUCUCGUCGCUGCUGGAGAACGUUGUUGAGAUGGAAGAUGUUGAGAACAUGGCAACGGAUGAUAAUGCCAAUAGUGCGGAGCCAGCAACCGAGGAGGGUGCCAGCGAUGCCCAAGCCGCUGCAGCUGCCGCUGCCCCCGAUGAGGACAGCAAUAGCGCUGAUGCGGCCAACGAUUGCGGCUUUCUGAAAAGCAAGUGGGAAAAUGAUACCACGGAGGAAAAUCUGGCCCGUCUCGAUGGCACGAAGCGCCUGAUGCACAAGCGCAAAGCCGCUAGCAUGGCUGACUAUUUGCAGCUGGAUGAAUGGGAGCCGCCCACAGGCAGCUCGAAUGGCAAGAAACGCGUACGCUGGGCGGACAUUGAGGAAAGGCGAGCCCAGAAAAAAAUGCGUGCGAUUGGCUUUGUGGUGGGGCAAACCGAUUGGAAGCGCAUGAUGGAUCCCAAUGCGGGAAAUCGUGCACUCAACAAAACCAAGUACAUUGAACGCGUGCACAAAAGGCGCUAAUCAGGCUGGAUCCAUUUCGAUCCGAUUUGGCAACGGCUGCCAACUGAGUGACAUGUCACAAAUGGAAUCGUCUAUGCCAUGCGACCUCAUCAA